AUGGGUGAGCAUUCAUAUCCAGACUCUGAUAGCGAGCAUUCAUAUCCAGACUCUGAUAGCCUCAUCAAAUCCAACCAUGAAAUCCUUUCUGCAAUUGUUGGCAGUAUUGAUGCAGCACAAAAGGCAAUGGUUCAUCAUUACAGUAAGACUUUCAGAGGUUUUUCAGCUAGGCUUACACCAGAACAAGCUGCUACGGUAUUAGUUUUUGAGAGCACCAUUCAUCAUCUUCAUACGACAAGGUCAUGGGACUUUAUGGAAAGCAAUGGUUUGGGUUAUAAUAUUGACGGCCGAUUUCGUAAAUUCAGUAAAAGAACAAAUCAGGAUGUCAUAGUUGGCCAUAUUGAUAGUGGUGUUUGGCCCGAGGCCUUGAGCUUCGACCCACACGAAUUAGGUCCCGUGCCAGAGCAUUUUAGAGGAGAUUGUGUUACAGGACCUGGGUUCGAAAAGGCCAAUUGUAACAGGAAAUUAAUUGGUGCCCGUUUCUACCUCGAUGGGUUUAUGGCAGAUUCUGGCCCACCUGAGAAUUUUGCACCAGGAACAAUAUACCGAUCACCCAGAGACGAUUUUGGGCAUGGCACUCACACGGCUUCAACAGCCGUUGGAUCAGAAGUGAAUCUGGCCAACGUAAGAAAAUGGGACAGCCACACGGCAAAAGGUGGAGCCCCUCGUGCUCGGCUAGCCGUGUACAAGGUUUGCUGGCACAACAAGUGUAGUUGCGCCGACAUCCUUAAAGCUUUUGACGAUGCAAUUCAUGAUGGUGUCGAUAUCAUUACCAUUUCAAUUGGGUCGGGUCAUCCGGCAAAAGGGUACCUGGAAGACUGCUUUCUCAUUGGAUCUCUCAAUGCUUUUAAAAAUGGAAUUCUUGUUUCCGCUUCUGCUGGGAAUAAUGGGAAUGCUGGGAGUGGGAAUGUUGAGAAUGCAGUUCCUUGGAUUUUGACCGUUGCGGCUAGUACAAUUGAUAGAGAAAGCUUUUGCUACUUGCGUCUUGGGACCGGCUCAAGACAACUUAUACUGGCUCAUGGAUAUAACUUGUACGACCUAAACGGCUCUUAUGAACUUGUAGCAGCAGGUGCUGCAGCUGGCUUUGGGGCUUCCUAUGAGCAAGCAAGCUACUGCAACAGAGGUACACUGAACCCAAGUGUUGUUGGAGGAAAGAUUGUGGUGUGCAGAUUACAAUCAUUGAGUGAUAAUGCAGGAGACAAAUCAACAGUAGUAAAAGAGCAAGGAGGUGUUGGUAUGGUCCUCGUAGCUAUUGGUGCAGCAGAUACUUUGAUAUACAAAUUUGAUAUCCCUACCUCCAUAAUAACCAAUGAAGAUGAAGCCAGCAGACUUGACAUGUACAUGCGUAGCACAAUGCAGACGGUCGCAAGCAUUUUUUCUAACAGGGAUAAGGUUAACACAAAAUCUAAUCCCCAGAUGGCUAGCUUCUCUUCAAAAGGACCUAAUUCAUUAACUAGUGACAUCAUUAAGCCUGACAUUACAGCACCAGGAGUUAAUAUUUUGGCAGCUUGGCCACCUUCAGAAAAUGAAGGUGUUGAUGCCAUUAUCUACAAAAUGGAUUCUGGUACAUCUAUGGCUUGUCCUCAUGCCUCUGGUGUUGCAGCAACCCUAAAAUCCGUUCAUAGAAACUGGAGUCCUGCUGCAAUUAAAUCAGCAAUAAUGACAACGGCUUUAAUGAAAGAUAAUACUGAGCAGGCAAUCAAGUCAUCAAAUGGAUAUGAUGCAACACCAAUGGACUUUGGAUCAGGACAUCUGAAUCCUGACUCAACACUUGAUCCAGGCUUAGUAUAUGACUUUGAUAACGACAACCUGAUUGAUUUUCUUUGCUCCCAAAACUUGAACGAGAUUCAACUGCAAAACAUGUUUGGGAAGCAGGUAGCAUGCAAAUAUCCGCCAGUUGCUGCUUACAAUCUCAAUUACCCUUCAAUUGGGAUUGGUUAUAUGGCCGGACCAGUGUCAGUUUAUCGCACCCUCACCUUUGUAGGGAACAGCGAAGAUCCCAAAGUUUACAGAGUUUCCAUUGAAUCUCCUCCAUGGGUCAGAGUUACAGUGGUGCCUGAUACUCUUGAUUUUUCGUAUUCUAACAAGUUGAAUUUCAAAGUCGAUUUUGUGCCUUCCAAGGUUACAGGAUAUGGCUAUGGGGGUAUUACUUGGAGUGAUGGUCAAAGUCAUUUUGUUAACAGCCCAAUUUUUGUAAAUGUUGUUUAA